AUGGAAAAUCGGAUUAAUAUUAUUGCAAUUGUAUCUGCCGGCGGUGGCGUUGGGAUAGUGAUAGUCUUGAUCGCAAUAAUUGGUUGUCGUAGUGGAUGUUUUGAAUUAGGACAAAAGAUUUCCAAGGAAAGAACAUACGACGAUCAUCACCAUGUUGAGACAUUCGUGGAAACUUAUGGCACUUUGGCACCCAGAAAAUAUACUUACUCGGAAGUGAGAAGAAUUACAAAGUCAUUCAAAACAAAAAUUGGCCAGGGUGGUUAUGGAACUGUGUACAAAGCCACUAUGCCCGAUGGUCGUCUUGUGGCAGUAAAAGUUCUCAGUGAGACCAAGGGCAAUGGAGAAGAAUUCAUAAACGAAGUCGCAAGUAUUAGCAGAACAUCGCAUGUAAAUAUAGUCACUUUGUUGGGAUUCUGUUAUGAGAAGAACAAAAGAGCUUUGAUCUAUGAAUUCAUGCCCAAUGGCUCAUUAGAGAAGUUCAUCUAUAAAGGAGAAUAUUCCUUAAAUCCAGUCUGUGAUUUUGAAUGGAUGAGACUCUAUCAAAUUUCAAUCGGUAUUGCUCGAGGAUUAGAGUACUUGCAUCGAGGGUGUAACACAAGAAUCCUACAUCUUGAUAUCAAACCCCAAAAUAUCUUGUUAGAUGAAGAUUUUUGUCCAAAAAUAUCUGAUUUUGGGCUCGCCAAGAUAUGUUAUAAAAAGGAGAGUAUUGUAUCAAUAUCUAGCAUGAGGGGAACUGCAGGAUACAUUGCACCAGAAGUCUUCAGUCGCACAUAUGGUGGAGUUUCAUACAAAUCUGAUGUCUAUAGUUAUGGCAUGUUAAUCCUUGAAAUGAUCGGAGGAAGAAAGAAUUUUGAGAGUGGAGGGUCACAUGCUAAUACUAGUGAUGAUAUGUACUUUCCCAAUUGGAUUUAUAAAGAAUUUGAGCAAUCCAAUGUUGUUGCAACAAAUGUGUCCAUCACAGAAGAGGAAAAAGAAGUGGUAAGAAAGCUAAGUUUGGUUGGUUUAUGGUGUAUUCAGACAGAUCCAGCAAUGCGGCCAUCAAUGAGUAAAGUGGUUGAGAUGUUAGAAGGACCCAAUGAAUCAGUGUCACUCCCACCAAAACCUUCUCUCUCUUCUCCUCAUCCAAGGACACUGGUCCUUCAUGCUUCAGAUGUCUCCUCCUGCACCGGGCUUGAUGAUUCCAAUUCCACGCCUAUUCCAAUGGAAACAACUGCAUGAAGCUUCAAAGUGCUCAGGGUUGCCAAACUGUCCCUUCAUCUAAUUCCGUGAUGCGGUGGAAAUGGAGCUGGAAAGAAUAACGCAGAUCCAAAUACACGUGCACAAUGACCUCAUCAAAGCUCCUUUCCACCGAUGUGCACUGUGUGCGUACAGUUUUUGUUUCUUUAUUGCCCUUUUAUGUGGUCCUAAGUCCUAACAUGGUUGUUAAUGCAUAGCUUCUCUUUUUCUUUUUCUUUUGUUUGUUAUGUGAAUGCGUAUGGAGCUUUUGUCAAUGGGCAUUGGGCAUAA